AUGGGUAUUGAAAGAAUUAGCAUUGAUGCUAACGUCUUUGACAAAGACAUGGAAUACCGAUACGAAAAGUUGAAGUUCAAAGUCGUUCGUUUUGCAAUGGACAAAAUAAGAGAAAACACGAUCUAUUCUCUUCGAACUGGAUUUGUGACAAGAGGAGAGAACUGUAACUGUGCUGAUCGUAUCAAUUACAAGCUACCUUGUCCCCGUGUAAUUGCUGCAAAUUCGGAUGUUCUUCCUCUCGAAGUAGUCGAUAAGCGCUGGAGACUUGAAUUUGAUGAAAAUUUUGAUGGAUUAGAAGAUAAGUAUAGCUUAGAUAAGACGGUUGAGGAGAAAGAAGAAAAAGAGGCUACUUUUUAUAGAGAUCCCAAAAAAGAAGAAACUUCUGUCCAACAUGAUGAUAAAAGUGAUGUUGUUUCAGUCUUAUCAGUCAGUGAUGAGGAAAAAGAUAAUGAUUGCAGAUUCAUACCACUUGCGGAUGAUGAAAAAAUCGAACAAAAGCAAAAUAGCGAAGAACCCGUAGAAAGAAGAACCGACGAUCAUUUGUGUUAUCGAAAUGAUAGAAAACAACUAAUGUUAAAAGUUGAGCAGGUCCUUCACAAAAUGUAUUCUUCAAUUGCAGACUUCUCUACGCAGCAGCAAAUAGCAGAUGCAUUGACUGUUUUAGAAGAAGCUAAUGAUAAAAUUUUAAAUCCUGCUAUCAAAAUAGAUCAGUUAAAACCUCCUACAACUAAUUCCAAUAGAAAAGGCAGACCCUCUGCACAAGGAGUAAAAAGUGGAACCAAACGACUGCAAAUAGCAAAAGAAUUGUUUGAAGAAAGUCAAAAAAAGGACAUUAAAAAAGAAGAAAAGAAACAAAGAGAAGAAGAAAAUAUGGAAAAGAAAAGAAGAAUCUUAGAGAUAGAAGAAAGACAUGUGGCUUUGGAGCAGAAGAAAAGAAAACUAACUUUGGUUUUUAAAAACAAAGAAGAAAAAGCGCACGCCACCAGCAUUAAACAUACACUUAUGAAGGCAGAUAAGAGGAUCAAUUUGAGUAAGGAAAACUCAGCUGGAUAUGAUAGGGUAUUGUCUUAUCGCAAUUUAAAAAGCGAUACCGUCUUCAAGUGGAUUCAAGUCAGCCCCAUAAAUUCAGUGGCUGCCAUCCACAGUGUCGGGGCAGAUGGUAAUUGCGGAUUCCGAGCAGUCAGUUAUGAUGUGUAUAAAACACAAAGUAACUGGAUAAAUGUCAAAGAGGAUAUGUUGAAUACAUAUCUCAAGUAUAAAGAUUCUUUGUACAAAGCUGUAGGAACAGAAGCCGUGGUAAAUUACGAAGAGCAGAAGAUGCUUACCAAGCUUCUUACAAUCAAAUCGCCCUGCCUGUUACCUGAGGAUAAUGUGCUGUGGUUCAGCACUUUUGUCUGUCCACAGAUUGUGGCCGAUACGUAUGAAAGGCCAGUUUUUUUGUAUGGUGAAGUGCGUACGAUCUACGAGUCUCAAGUAUUCAUUCCACUCGUGCACAUGGAAUUAAGUGCUCGAGAAAACCCCAUUUCGCUCCUUCUUUCGUCCUCGCAUUUCUAUUAUGUUGAGUUCGCUCGCACUCCAAAAGGCAGAAUGAAGAAAUUUAAAAAGCCUGUUUUGAAUCACGAUCAUAAACGACUCAUGAAUGCUCACCCUGACAUUUGCAAGACUGAUUAUUCAAUUUUUUUUUUAUUAAAUCCAAAAUCUUAA